ACAGAUGCUGCCACCAUGAUGUUUGGGAGUUUCGAACGCGACCUGCCCGCCUCCUCCGUCGCCGUGAACCUCGAGCGACGCGAAUUGCGUGUGACAGUAACGUGUUCUGUGACUUUUUAAUUUAUUGUCCUCGACAUUGACCCUUUAAUUCGCUUGGCAUCGUACAUUAGUCACUUGACCACGAGGGACCCGGUGCAAUUGAGUCAAUCAAUGGAUAUCUUGACUGUCUUGUGAACCUCAUAUUCGGGCCAUGAAAAGUAGUCCCGCUUUCUCCUGCUCUCUACGUGUGAAAAACGUCUACUCGAGCCGAGGAUGAAGAAGUCAGCGGGAGGGGAAUCUUAGAAAGGUCCAAGCGGUGUUCGGGGCUCGUCGGCGGAACAUUACACGGACAUACGUCACUCGCUCCUUCCGCAACGCCAAGGUCCACCAGGCGAGUACACCGGGGUCAAAGAACAUCCAUGGCGCGCGUGGUGACGCGACGGAGUAGCAGGUCCAAGGGAGGGGGAUUAACCAGUGGAUGACGGAGCGUAUUAUCGCAAAUCGGACACCGAGGCAACGGCGACGAGGCGAGAUUUGGAACAGCCAGCGCUGCGUUGGCCAGCCGAAGCCAAGUGGUGUAACGUGCUGCUUACCUAAUCCUAACCUAACCCCGGCGGACCUGGUGGGUCCAGCGGUGCGAUGCUUUCAGACGACAUCGCCGAGCGCACGCACCGAUAGCUAGCAGCAGUAGUUAGUCCUGAAGUGAGGGAACCCGCGAUAUCCUUCGGGAUGGCGACCGGCAAGCGACGCAGUAUUCACACGACGUCCGGGGGCGUCGGGACCGGCGGCGGCAUUCGCUCGAGUCGGAUGAACUUCCGGCCGAACUCCACACAGGAAGACCGAGGUGGCACUCGGCCGACCGCGGCACCCAGCUCUAUCGGCCUCGUCCUCGUCACUAUGCUGUUACACGUGUGCAAGAAGUCGCUCUUGUUCGACACCCGGCUGAAGGUGGCCAUCUACUGCGGCACGAUAUUCACGGUGUCGCUGAUCGCGGACUUCAUCGCAAUGCCGCGCACUUAUUUCUCCAGGUCGGACAACGCGCUGAAUCAGUACUUCGUCAAGUGGGGCUGGGGCUGGCUGCUGACCGUGAUAGUGCCCUGGGUCGUGCUGACGGCGCACACGAUCGGCUGCGGCCGUCGGCCGAUCCUGUUGCGUCACCUGGGCCGCGUGGUCCUCGCCACCGUCGCCUGGCUCGCCUGGACCAAGCUGUUCAACUACGUGGAGACCAACUACGGCAGAUGCCUGAACACGCGCGACCUCCAGCUGCAGUCCAAGGCCAGGUGCCUGCAGUCGGGCAGAUUUUGGAGCGGCCUCGACAUAUCCGGCCACACGUUCAUCCUGAUCUACUCCAGCCUGAUAUUAGCCGAGGAGGGCUCCUCGCUCGUCGGCUGGGAGGGCAUCAAGGACCUGGUGAUGCGGGAGGAGCACACGCGCGCCACGCCGAACGAGACCAGCACCGGGCCGCUACGCAACAUCUCCAACACCGACCUGGAGUUCUUGAAGAAGGCGCACCGGGCGCUCACGCCGUACCUGCGCGGCCUCUUCGUGGCGAUGACGAUGCAGCAGCUGCUCUGGGACACUAUGCUGGUAUCGACGGUGCUCUACUAUCACAUCAUGAUAGAGAAGUUCCUCGGCGGCGUCGCCGCCGUCCUUACGUGGUACGUCACGUACAAGUGGUGGUACAAGCUGCCAAAGAUCGGCCUGCCUGCGCCCGGCGACGGUCUCUUCAAGUACAACGAGACGAAGACGAGCACGGAGCCCGGCACCGCCAGGAUGAGACGCGGUACCCUGAACGGUACAAACCAAAUGCCCAAGUUCAUGGGCAUGCCCAUCAGAACGACGGUGCAGGAAACCGCCGAACCGAGCCCGUCGAACAGGCAGCCGGACCUCGACGUGUCCACUUCCAGAGUGUAAGGGAGUUCGGAUGCUCGAACAUUGCGCGCAGAUUCGGUUCGCGCGAACGCAAGGACCGAAUAUUCGGAUUAAUGUUUGCGCCGGCAUCGAGACGCCCGAUCAUUGGGGCUGGCGAUCGAUUGAUCUAGUCGCGCGUGCUUCGGUUGUUCCAGUUAAAAUGUGCAAUUCACCAUUCUGAUCAGGAAUGUAUGCGACCCGCAUCGCCUGAGCUCGUCCUCUGCGUCGACCAACGCUACGAUAAUAUAGCAUAGUGCGAUUUUAAAAUAUAAAUUAAUUUUCUUCAUCUGCCGAUCUUGCAAAAUGCCCGAGUCGUUAAUCUUGAAGCGAUGGAACGUUCCUUUUUUAUGCGUGACAUAUCUAAAUGAAUAUCCGAAUGUUCGGUCCGUAAAUUAAAUCGAUUCGGAUGUAUGAGUAUUUCUACAUGAGGCAAAAAAUGCUGUUGUGUCAACAGAAUUGCUCAUCAAUGCUGUAAAUUGGCGCAAAUCUUGAUCCAAUAGCAAAGAAAUAUUGGUAUAAUAAUGAUAAAAAAUAAUAUAUAUCGUUUGUGUGAAUAAUUCGAGUAACAGUUUCAAUGUGAUAUCGCCGUUGAAUCAAGAUUUAUUCCAAUUACGACGCUGUUGGCCAAUUCUAUCGUGAUGUGACAGCAUUGUUUUCUCCGUACAGGGUAACGCUUUCAUCCGAAGAUUUUUCUCGAUCCACACGUGUAGUACACUGAGUUUCAAAAUGAUUUGAACACUUUUCGACGCAGUUUUUGGAACGCAACCGAUGGUCCGAUGAGAAAAUUCCUUUUCGAAAGUUAAGUUCUCUCAUUGAACUGCAUCGAAGAAAGUGUUCAAACCGUUUUGAAGCCCAGUAUAUACACAUACACACACAGAUGCCUUCGUUUUUUCGCGUGUGAGCAAAGCUCGAACUUUACGUGAUAGACACACGCGUGUUCUUUGAGGCAUUAUUAGGUUUGGGGUGCGACAAUCAAAAUCGCUUAAGAUGUGUAAGAUUAAAAAAAAAAAAA